CAGCUCCAGCAGGUCGGUCAAAUAAACCCUGGGCGUGUAAUCCAUUAACGGAAUUACUCUCUGGAUGGAUUAAUUGGAAUGGCUGAUCACACCCAGAGCUAAGUGUCUUAGUGUCGCACGAGUGAUCGGAUUGUCACGUAGCAGAUUUAUCUCACCAGGUUGUGUGUCAUUAAAGUCGCCCCUUUCCUGCGCUUUAUGAAUGAAUGAAUUCUGUUCAUUGUGUCCACGUGAUCGUGGUGUAUGUGUCUGUUUCCCUCAGAUGUAGUUUCCUGUUCUUGGUGGCUGUUGAGUGGAAACUUCAUCCGGAGCAGGCGGAGUCGGAGAUCUGCUGCAGCAGACUGCAGCUGUUCAGCUUGGCAGGAGGAGCCAGCAGGGCUGACCUCAGGGGAGUUAACCCACUGGUGAAGGUUCUGGACCAAACCCAGCGUGAAGGCACGACAAGCGAUACACUCCUCCAUUGUCUCUUAAGUGAUGCUUUAACAGGAAAUAGCAAGACGGCACUCAUCUACUGCAUCCACCCUCAAGGUGUUCUAGAUGAUGACACCCACUCCGCCGUAGCUCUGGCCCAGAAAGCAAGAAGUUUGGUAACUAAGGCCACCUCUAAUCGCUGGUGCCCGAGGGCGACCGAGCAAGAGAUCAGGGAUAACAUCACGGAGAUAAGAACCAGGAUGAUGACACAGGAGGAAGAUGAAGUUCAGGACACCUACAGACUGGCCGAGCUCACCCAAAACCUGCAGAUUGUGAAGAAUCAGUCAUGGGAGAAGAGGAGGGAAGAGUCAAAGAAGACAAGAGGCAAAACGCAGAACUGUCCAACCCCAAAUAGCAGCUGGCACAGCAGUGAUCACAGAGAGAGCACAUACACGACGAAACAUUUACAAGAGCAGCUGAAACAAGAAAUGGAGGAACAUAUCAGAGAGGGCAAAGGGAAUGCAAACAGAGUCCAGGAGAGAGUGGCAAGAAUCCAGCAGCUGAGGGAGGCUCUCAGAGAGGAGACGAUGAAGAACGGAGCCACUCCGAAGAAAUCUGACCUCUGUCAACAAUCUCAGUUGGAGUACAGCAAAGCCCAGGAGCGGAGGAGGCAACUUCAGGAGGACCGUGGGAGAUUAAUUCAGGAGGAGGUGGAGAAGAUGGAGAGAGACUUGGCACAGGAGCCGACAGAAGGCCCCCAGAGAGAGCUGCUGGUGCUGAGCAGAGAGCGGCAGGUCCUGGUGCUGCAGAUGGAGGCCCUGCGCGCUGAGGCCCAGCAGGCUGAGAGAGACCUGCAGGAUCAAUAUCACAGACACCAAGCAGAGCUGCACUGUUUAAGAGAGGAGAGCCUGCAGGUGUUCAGAGCGUUUCGUCAGGUAAGUGAGGAGCAGAGGAAGAUGUCAGAGGGCAGAUACAGGAGCGUGCUGCUGGAAGCUGUGCAGGAUGCCGUCUACCUGUCUGCCCAGAACCAGCAGCUGCAGGCUGACAACAAACAGCUCCGUAAAGCGCUGGGAGAGUUAAAGGAUUCUCUAGCCGCACGAGGCGAUCUCAAGGCUGGAACUUUAUCCCAACAACAAUGAAUAUAAAACUAAACAAUGUUUAUGAAUCAGUAUGCCUCAUGUAAAUCACAAGAAAUAAACCGUUUUUGACAGUU